AUGCGCGCCUCGCGAUCCACCCUGACCCGGUGGCUGCCCGAGCCGCUGUCCAUCUCCAUCUGCCGCCUCCACCGGGCUUCCCGGCCCCACUGCCCGGCCGUCUACUCCAGGGCAGCCCUUCAGGACAUGCAGACGUCCUUCUACAAGCGGAAGCUGCCUGUGCCCCCCGCAACGGAGUUCUCUUCCUCCGAAGGCCGAACUGUGUUCCAGGAGGCCUUGGAUGAGGGCAACACUACAGGGUUCUUCAAGCUGAUAGAGCAGUUCCGGACCCAGGAUGAACCCGCCUUUUGCGGCCUCUCCAGUGUGGCGAUGGUACUGAAUGCCCUGUCCAUCGAUCCACUACGAAAGUGGAAGGGACCCUGGCGAUGGUUUGAUGAGACAAUGCUGGACUGCUGCAAGUCUUUGGAGGAGGUGAAAACGGAGGGCAUCAUACUGGAACAGGCGGCCUGCCUCGCACGGUGCAAUGGGGCAAAAGUAAAGUUGCGUAAAUUUGGAUCCUUCUCGCUGGAGGACUUCCGGCGGGAUGUGGUGGAGGUGUGCACUGCUGGGGAUGAGCACAUCAUCGUGUCAUACAGCAGGAAGACAAUGAAGCAAACUGGCGAUGGUCAUUUCAGCCCUGUGGGUGCAUACAACAGCAAGAGAGACCUGGUUCUCAUCCUGGACACGGCUCGCUUCAAGUACCCACCUCACUGGGUGCAGCUGUCACUUCUGUACGAAUCCAUGUCACGGCUGGACCCAGAGACAAACGAGGCUCGAGGGUACAUGCAUCUGAGUGCACCACCCAACCGCAGGUCGGUUAUGUUCACCUUGGGAAUCAGGGAACCAGGGUGGAGAGAAGCAGAGCUGUUCAUCAGGAACACUGCACCAACACAGGCACAGAUGUUCGCAGCAUCUGGAAAGAGCGGCAUGGAAAUUUUGGUGGCCCUGGCUGGGAUGGCCCCCCUGGACAGUAUCGACAAAUUUAUAUCAAUACAUGGCAUGAAUGAGCGAGAUUGUGGCAACGGCGAAUGUGGCCAACUACAAUCCGUCAUCGACGCCUUCUCCAAAGAAUUCGAGUCGCUUCCUAUUUUUCAGGUGGUGCUGGGCGCCCUAGGAGGCAGCGAAAGCGACGAACAUCGCGCCAAGCGCGUCUGCGCACUUCUCCUGCUUCGGGGAGAGUCGUUCUGGCCGGGAAUUUCCGGCGGGGCGCUGUCCGGAGAGUGGAAGGAACUGUGGAAUCUGUCGAAGACUGAGAUAGUGGCCACAGAAGUGCAGAACCUCAGAUUUCAGUUUGACCAGCUUGUCAAGGUUGGGGAGCUGGGAGGUGGCGCAACGGACCUACAACCGUGGUACGUCGAUGGAGUCGAGAAUGGUAAUUGA